AUGGGCCCGCGCCGCCGGAGGCGCAAGCCCGAGACCCCGACGAGGCGCGAAGAGAACCCGACCCCCGGCCCCUCGCGGCGCCGCCCCUCCGUAGGCCCUUCCCCCCGUCAGCGUCGGAGGAGGAAAUAUGGAUGGUUACAGGAGAUCCGAAAACUUCAGAAGAGCACACGCCUCUUAUUAAGGAAGGCCCCCUUCAGCCGCCUGGUAAGAGAAAUAUGUGCUGUAUUCACUCGUGGUGUGGACUUCAGUUGGCAAGCCCAGGCCCUAUUGGCCCUACAAGAGGCUGCAGAAGCAUUUCUAGUCCAUCUCUUUGAGGAUGCUUAUCUCCUCACCUUACAUGCUGGCCGAGUUACUCUUUUCCCAAAGGAUGUGCAGCUGGCCAGGAGGAUCCGAGGCAUUGAGGAAGGGCUUGGCUGA